AUGUUGGAUGAACUUUUGUGUAGUGAUUGUGGGAAGAACAGUGUUCCUGACUGGGAAUUGCAAUUGAGCAGCUUAAAAGCAGCCAUUAAUCUGGAAAAUGAAAAUGAAAACAUGGAAAUUAUAGAGGAAGAAAAGGAAGAGUGGAUGUUUAUGUCAGAACUGAAUUUACAGGAGUUGAGCACAGAUACUGAAUAUAACUCGAACGUUAGCUCCUGAAGGAUAUUGGCACAAUGUUAGUGAACAUUUUGACGAUGUUGAUCUACUUUCUGUUACUUCUUGGUUAAAUACUCAGAAAAAUAAAAAUGAACCAAGUUGGCACAUAUCAUCAAGAGUAAUAGAUAUUUCAAGUUUUAGUAGCGAUCAAUUGUUGGCAUACCAUAUCAUUCUAAAUCACUUCAACAGCAGUAAUGAACUGCCUUUGCAUCUACUUGUUAAAGGAAUUGCAGGUUCAGGAAAAAGCUAUGUUAUUGAUGCUGUAAGAAAUGUUCUUAAGGAAAAAUGUCAAGUACUAGCAUAUACUGGAAAGGCCUCUUUUAAUGUCAAGGGUGUAACACUGCAUUCUUUCCUCAAACUACCAAUUGGUUCAAAAAGACUCUUGAAUUGAAAGGAAUAGCUUUGCAACAACUUCAAACUAAUUUACAAAACAUUCAGUAUUUGAUUAUAGACGAAUAUUCAUUUGUUGGCCAGAGCUUAUUUGGGUGGAUAGAUUGUAGAUGCAGGCAAGCUACAGGUUUAGCUGAUCAAGCUUUUGGUGGUCUUUCUGUUAUUCUGGUCGGUGAUAUAGCACAGUUAUCCCCAGUUGGUGAUAAACCACUUUUCCAUUCUUUGCCAAAAUCAGAAAAACAGAUUCAGGGUCACCUCAUAUAUAAAGAGUUCAAACAAGUCGUCACAUUGUCAGUGAAUCAUAGAGUUGAUGGCAAAACUAAUGCCCACAGCUGCUUUAGAGAUCUCCUCAUUAGAGCACGAAAUGGAGAAUCCACUUUGGCAGAUUGGCAGACAUUGUUAUCUAGAACUCCUGAAAAUGUAACAAAUAUUGAAGAAUUCCUAACAUCAUCUGUAAGGCUAUCCUAUCUGAAGGCAAAAGUUGCAGAAAUGAACUUGAUCAAAUUAAAAAAUCUAAACCAGCCAAUAGCAACAAUCAAAGCCCGUCAUUCUGGUGGUGCUCAAACACUUAGCUCUGAUGAAAUGGGAGGAUUAGAACCUGUCAUAUAUUUAGCUAAAGGUGCUAGAGUUAUGCUCACUAUGAACAUGUGGACAGAAGUUGGUCUUUGUAAUGGUGCACUAGGAACUGUAUUAGAUUUUGUAUAUGCUGAUGGGCAAACUCCUCCAGCCCUGCCUAUUUGUGUUCUUGUACAGUUUGAUGAACAAUAUAAUGGACCUUCUUUAACUGCAAGUGUUCCAAGAUGCGUUCCAAUUUGUCCAAUAACCCAAAUUUCACAAAACAUAGGUCACACAUGUGAAAGACAACAACUUCCUUUAAAGCUAGCAUGGGCUAUGACUAUUCACAAAAGCCAAGGUCUGACUCUUAAAAAGCAUGGAUAGAUCUCGGCCCUUCAGAGAAUUCACCUGGUAUGACAUAUGUGGCUCUUAGUAGAGUAAAAAGACUCCAAGAUCUCAUAAUUGAGCCAAUGACAUUUGAAAGGUUGCAAGCUUACAAAAAUCAAAUUUUUUGAAAUAUAGGUUAAUUGAAGAAAAGAGACUUGAUUCUUUAUCUCUAAAUGCUUCUAAAAAUGGUCAUCAUGAGUAACUUUGACUUAAUACAGUAAGCAUGUUCUCCAAAAAAGCUAAACAAGACAUCCAAAUACCAAUUAUUGUGUUCCCCUGUUUUUCUUUGUUUGACUUGAUUUAAUUAUUGUCUUUGAAAAAAGCCUCUGGAGGAAAGUCAAUAAAAUAUGUAUCUAUGUGUGAUGUAUUUUAAUUUGUAAAACAUUUUUGUUGCAGACGAUGGCAAGCAAAAAGACUUAUUGUAAGUACUGAAUAUAAUUAUUUUAUCUUAUAAAUACAGAAUUCAUGCCCCUUUAAGUAGUCUAAGACUAAACAGGGACAACUGGUGUCCCUGUUAUUUUGCAGCAACUCAGCCCCUAGCACCUGACUACUGUAUCUGUGAAAGGUAGAGGCAAUUUUGUUCUUGGUUAUUGUUGUUCACUCAUAAUAAUGAGUACAUGCUGACUCCUUUAUAUUUCAAGCUUUACCUGCAAUGUGUCAUUUUCUUGAAAUAUCCAACCCCCCAAAUUAUUUGACAUUACCAUGCCAAUCAAACAUAAUUCUCUUAUGCAUAUUCUAACCAUCUUAAUUGUUUACUUCCAGCAAACGACCAUGGGUUUAUUCACAACCUCAGUCCAAUUAAGAAGUCCCUUAAGUCAAAGCAUCAGUGGUAUGAAUUUCAGCUUCAAACUUCACCCACUAAAGUGAAACGUUUGGUAGGAUUUAAUCUCUAUGUCCAUGAUUCCUUAAAACAUUUUGAGGAAACCAAGAGCCCAGUACAGCUCAAGAACAUUAUUGUAAAAGACGACAAUGAAUGUAUUUUCAAUCAACAAUCUGCCGUACAUAAAGCAGGCUUGUCAGAUGUAUCAUUUUGUUACACCGAGCAGCCAAAGCUUGAAAGUGCAGGUGAAUCAAGUGCUGCAAAGUCAGUUACUGUGUCGAAUGUAAAAGGUUUGCACCCAAACCAAAAAGUCAAUGUCAGUGGUUCCCUCACUAUGGGAAAAGAAGACCUCAAGGCUGUUGUUCUCAGAUCCACUGGAGCAACAGCCCAUGUGAAGGAAGAUUGCGUGUUGGAGGACAACACUGGGUCAUCAAUGAUUCACAUUUGGGAACCCCUUGUCCAUACCUUGACAACGGGUAAAUCAUACUGCUUCACCAACCUGACAGUAAAGAAUUUCCAAGGGUCGACGUAUCUAAGUACAUCGCCAAACACAACAGCAAACCUUACAACACAAACAGUGCAAACCCUGACUGGACCAGAUAUGCUCAAAAGUCCAGAAAAGGAAGUAACUGCUUCAGAAUUCAAUUUGGUGUCAAAGCUAAACAUCUUUUGUUCCUGCAAAGUGUGCAAAAAACGCUUAAAUGAUGUUGAAUCAUUCACUUGCACCACACUGAAGUGUGAAAACUGUGGUACACGUCAAAGAUCAAGAGAUAUCAAACUGCAGGCUUCAGCAAAAAUUUCUAUCACUGAAUCAGAAGGUGACAACAGCAAAGAGAUGUGGAUCCAGGCUUUCACUGAGCAACUAGAAACCCUGCUGGCAGGAUCAACCUUAUCCCUAAAGGAUAAAAUCGAUGACAUUGAAGUUUAUCUUAUGUCUCUGGAAGACAUUUGUUUGGUAUACAAUGUCCAAACAACAAACAUUACAAAGAUUCUCUCCUUUAAACGUCCAGAAGUACACUCUGAUUAG